AUGCAAGAAUUGAGAAAAGGAAGUCGUAAACCACAGUCGGCAAUAGAGUUAACUGCUUCCCCAUAUAAAAGACAAUUGGAAAAGUCAAAAGCUAAAGCAUCCCAAACAAAAUCCGAUGCUGAAAAGAGAAAGAAAGUUGCUGCAUUAAACUUGGAGAAAACAGUAAAAUCUAAUAGAGGUCCAGAAAAACAGAUAAAGAAAGACGUGAAGAGAAAGAAAGUGCCAGCUGCGGAGUUAGAAAAAUGGUUCUACAAAAUGUGUCUCCUUUGUGCUAUUGAAGACAUGAUAUAA